AUGUCGUUCUCGUUGCCGUCGUCACUGGCGAAGAUCAGAGUCCCGAAGGUGCACCACACCUGGGCCAACACGUACCACUGUUCGCCACAGUUCUACUUCCAGCCGAAGUGUCUGGAGGACAUUCGAGACAUCGUGAACACGGCUCGGCGGCUGCACAAGAAGAUCAUGGUAGUUGGGUCGGGCCACUCGCCUUCAGACCUCACGAUUGUGGCGAAUCCGAUCAACGAGUGGCUGGUGAACCUCGACAAGUACAACAAGUUCCUUGACGAGAAGCCGUCGCCGGACGGGAAGUACACGGACGUGACGGCGCAGGCCGGGAUGCGUGUGUACCAGCUGAACGAGAUCUUGGAGUCGAAGGGCUUGGCGAUGCAGAGCUUGGGCUCGAUCUCGGAGCAGUCGCUUGCGGGGAUCAUCUCCACGGGCACGCACGGCUCGUCGCAGUACCACGGGCUGGUGUCGAGCCAGGUGGUGAACCUGAAGCUGGUCAACGGGAUGGGCGAGCUUGUGAACUGCAACUCGCACGAAAACCCGGACGUGUUCCGGGCAGCGUGUCUCUCCCUCGGGAAGAUUGGCCUCAUCACAGAGGUGACGGUGCGUGCCGUCCCGAAGUUCCAGUUGCGGUCUGUCCAGGAGGUGAUCAACAUCGAGACACUCAUCGAGAAGUUCGACUCGAUCUGGACGGCCGACGAGUUCAUCCGCGUGUGGUGGUUCCCCUACACGAAGAAGUGCAUUCUCUGGCGGGCGUCGAAGAGCACCGACCCGAUCUCCCCGCCUCGGAGCUCCUGGUACGGCACGUUCCUGGGCCGUCUCUUCUACGAAUCGCUCUUGUACGUCUGCGUGCGGUUCCUGCCGAAGCUGACUCCCUACGUGGAGAAGUUCGUGUUCUCGAGACAGUACGGCCUCAUCGAGACGUUCAACAAGAGCGGCGACGUGGCCGUGCAGAGCUCCGUCGACGGCCUCAACAUGGACUGUCUCUUCCACCAGUACGUCGACGAGUGGGCGUGUCCGCUUGUGAGCGGGCCCGACAUCAUCCGCCUCUUGGCAAACUCCAUCGAGGACGGUAAGAAGUCCGGCGAGUUCUUUGUGCACUCGCCAAUGGAGAUCCGCUGCUCCAACACGACGUUGCCGCCCACGGACGAGUCGCAGCAGGACCUGUCGCAGCGCAAGCUCGUCGACAAGGGCCCCAUCUACGGCAACACUCUCAGACCGUUCCUCGACAACACCCCGAGACUGAACUACCUCCCUGUCGGCAAGGUCACCAACUCGCAGCUCACGCUCUACAUCAACGCCACCAUCUACCGGCCCUUCGACUACCCGACCCAGUACAAGCGCUGGUUCCAUGUCUUUGAGGAGAUUAUGGAGGCUGCUGGCGGGCAGCCGCACUGGGCCAAGAACUACGACGAAACCAUCGUCACGAAGGAGAAGAUGGCCGAGUGGCAUGGCGAAGAUCUCCUGAAGUGGCAGAAGGUGAGGCACCAGACCGACCCGGCCGGCGUCUUCCUCUCUGGCGAGCCCUGGCUCCGCCGCAACGGAAUUGUUGAGGACGCCUACCUUGACCCUGUCUCCACCACCGCCUCCUCGACGUCCACCCGGACCGAUAAGGACCGUGAGUCCGUCGAGUGA